AUUGUCUCCUGUUCCUGUCCGCUUUGAGACUCGUGUGACGCCGAUCCCAUGAAUCCGUCCACCUAUGGAUGUGGACCGCGCGUCUGGGCACUUUAUCGACUGUGGACCUAGCUAUAGUUCUCAUCCAUGGCGACAAGAGAAUUACGGAGUAUGUCCAUGGCAUUCGAGACGAGGACAGUCGCAGUCAGCGCCAGUAUAAGUACCCUGGGAUCUCUGCUCGUUCUGGUCUGAUUUUUUUCGUUCUCCAGCAAGUUCUCUCCUGUCAUUCUUUCCCUACUUCCUCACCUUUCUACCUUCAUUCUUACAUUUUCCUUUUAUCUUUAUCUUCCAAGCUUGAUUCUGCGAAUCAACUACAAUCACAAUGGUCAACUUCAAGCAGAUCCUUGCGGUUGCCGCCGCCCUGUCUGGACAGGCUCUGGCUGCCCCUACCCCCACCACCAACGUGAAGCGUGCUUCCGCUGACGACGUUGCCUUCGGCUACGCCAGCCAGAACGGCGGCACCACCGGUGGUGCCGGCGGUACUACCACCACCGUCUCCUCGUACGCUGCUUUCAGCUCCGCCGUCCAGGGCAACGACGCCAAGAUCGUCUACGUCGACGGCAACAUCAAGGAGAACGCCAAGCAGAUCAAGAUCGGCUCCAACACCUCCAUCAUCGGAAAGGACGCCAACGCCAUCCUCGAGGGAUUCGGAGUUAUCGUCAAGGAGGAGAGCAACGUCAUCAUCCGUAACCUGGGUGUCAAGAAGGUCCUUGCUGAGAACGGCGAUGCCAUUGCCGUCAACAAGGGAACCAACGUCUGGAUCGACCACGUCGACGUCUCCUCCGACAUGGACAACGGCAAGGACUACUACGACGGUCUGAUUGACCUGACCCACGCCGCCGACUUCAUCACCGUCUCCAACUCCUUCAUCCACGACCACUACAAGGCCUCGCUGAUCGGCCACUCCAACUCCAACGAGGACGAAGACAAGGGCCACCUCCGCAUCACCUACGCCAACAACUACUGGUUCAACAUCAACUCGCGCGCUCCCUCCUUCCGCUUCGGCACCGGCCACAUCUACAACAGCUACUACGAGAACGCCUCCGACGGCAUCAACACCCGUCUCGGCGCCCAGCUCCUCGUCGAGAGCAACCAGUUCGUCGGCUCCAAGAAGCCCCUCUACAGCGUCGACGACGAUGGAUACGCCGUCUCCAACGACAACGACUUCGGUGAUGGCGAGAACGCCGCCCCCAAGGGUACCCUCACCUCCGUUCCCUACGAGUACAGCCUCGUUGGCUCCGGAAAGGUCAAGGCUGCUGUUGUCGGCACCGCUGGCCAGACUCUUACUUUCUAAGAAUGUGCGGGCGGUUGCAUUGUGGUUUCGCUUAGUUAAGUGAGAUUGUGAUGCUGCUUAUGCUGUGCUGGUGGGUGCGGGGUUUUAGCUGAACACGAGGUGGAUGCUAGUGUUGAUUCUUUGUAUAUCUUCUUAUGCGCGGGUCGUCGCUAUCUUUUUAUGUGGCUUGCCUAUAGUCUUAAUAUAGUCAAGUU